AUGAUCACCGGAUUAUUCCGUAGAUCUUCCUUGCCGUCGAGGCAGACUCUCUCAGCCGCGCUAUCCUCCUUUGAUUCGGGUCUUUCCCACCAUUUCACUUCAGCCGCCACCGGAGUCUCCGGCGAGCUUAAUCUCAUUGGAAAUGGAUCUCGAUUCACGUCCGCGUCGUCUCCGAACUCGUUUGGUAUCAGAGCGAGGGGAAUCGACAUUAGAUCUGAGCCGUCGAUGGUUUCCCCUGCGACAAUCGCGUUUCGAGGGUACGCCACUGAACCUGAGAGUAGCAUCGGAGAAAACAGAGAUUCGGAGAGUGUCAAACCAUUGUGUAGGAAGGCGAUUGCUCUCCAGAAAGAGGCACAAGAAAGCACAUCGAAGAUAAAAGGAACAAAGAUUUGCAUAGCGAUUCGGUCUUUCAAUAACCCGGAAAAGCAAGCUUGGUGUCUUCCUCCUCACACUCGUAAGAUUGCAAUGCCCGACACGAGAGUCUUGUACACUGUGCUACGAUCGCCUCACAUCGAUAAGAAGUCGAGAGAACAGUUUGAGAUGAGGUUCAAGAAACGGUUACUUGUCAUCAAAGCUCAGAGCCAUGAGUUGAGCAAGAAGCUGUUUUGGCUAAAACGUUACCGUAUUCUUGGAGCUCAAUACGAACUACAGUUCCAUUGCAAGACUCGUUUGGACUUGACUCCAGUGUUAGGCAACAUCAAUGGCUCCACCGAUGGUCAUGGUCAGUGA